AUGCGCAGUUCGUUUACGAAAACGCCAAGAAGCCGUUGGGUUGAAAAGAACUGCAGUCGUGACAGUAACGGGUUCUGUGUGUGUUGAACGUCCGCAUAGAUUAUCAUGGAAGAUACAAAGUACUAUUCCGUCUUAGUCAGCAACGAAACGACGCGGCUAUCUCCGGAUCAUCAGGAAGAUGCCGGGGAUGGAGACAAGAUUUUUGAUUCGAAAGAUACUAACAAAGUACAACAGGAACAAUGCAACACUCAAGAGCAAAAGGAAAAGCAACUCGAGGAACGGGGUGACGCUGUCAGUGAAGCUACAAUUAAAAAGAACGUAUACACAGAGACCUGUAAGGAGCCGCAGAAUAAGCCAGCAAUAGCAGGCGAAACUCGUGCUGCUAAUGCAGCUCGGGUGAAGCUUGAUAACAAUCCAGUAGUGGCCGCCCAUAGCGCACACGAAAACACCCCCAGCCAUGAUGAUGUUCAACAGCAGAGCAUCAAAAUCGCCGAAGAGGACCUGAAAAAUAUCGUAAAGGAUUUGCCUUCGCAUAUCAAGUCUAAAGUCGAUCGUUUCGUUGAACAUUUCGGAGCAGCUGGAGCACCGUCGCCAAUAAAACCACUUCGUGUAAUAGAGACACAUGCAGCCGACGCUGAUUCGGAGGAGUCACUAGAACUGAAGAUCAAUAACACCUUUGUGGUGCCACCACUCGGAGACUUGGUAUCAAAGUGCAUUCAACACAACGGAUCGCAGAUGUCCACCGGUCAACAAUCAAACAUAAACUUGAGCGAACUUCAACAGGACGCAACGAUGGCCUCCGAUAUCGAGGAGCAAGCUCGCCUUAAUGAAGUGGAGAAUUCUGAACACGAUAACGAUAAGGAAGCUAGAAUAAUAGCCGAGCUAAAGGAUAAGGAUCUUCUUUCACGCAAGCGUAGUCAAACUGAGAUGGAACCCGCGGCAUUUGAAUUACCCCGCGCGACGAAGUAUCCGCAUAAGGAUUUCCCGGCUCUUCCGGAGUUUCGAAGUGAUUCGCCCCCUCUGAUGACUUUCGGUGACGGUUACGAAGAUGUAUUCCGGGCACGUUUAUCUUCCAAGGACGCCUGCAUUCAAAAUAUAACAUCCUUCGAGGAGGACAUGAGUGUUCAAGAGAUUUCAGCGAACAUCGGAGCUGGCAUUUUGACUGAUUUAGAAGAAAAGCAAAAAUACCCCGCUGUUUCACCCUCUAAGGAAGAACCACUUGUCAUUCAAAAUGAGGCUCAAAGUCAUGAAAGCGUCAUACAGCCAUCACCAAUGCCAGUAGAAAGGAAUGAGCCAGAAGGAGCCGAGACCCAAAGCAUUGACUUAAACAAAACCUCAGCAGGAGAUUACUUCAACAAAACUCUGGAUAUGACAUUACGUACUUCUGGUUUUAGCGCAUGCGGCUUGGGUAUGCUUUUAGCUUUCGAUGAGAUGCUUGAUCCUGCGGUCGGGCCUCUGCUGCCGUAUGGUUUAAGGAGACGAGGCGCCAACGUCAUUAUAUUCAUAGCAAGUCUCGUCUUUGCAAUUCUUUUUUGGUUUGUAGUGUUAUAAUAUCAACGAUCAUAACACCGAUAGAUGACUGUAGCGCCGAUUUCUAGAUAUCAAUUAAUAUAAUACAUUACGUCGAAUGUGACGGCCGCCGUUGCACGCUUUCUAUGUGUUCCCAAAGUUCAACCACUCAAUACCAUCCCGCGCACUAACGUUGAAACUCUUCGAAAUGCGGCGUCAAUCCCAGAUAGCGUAAUGCUGUUAUCAGUCUCUACUUUAGCUUCACAGAAAUUGCAUACUCCAUCAAACGGAAUCAGUUAUGGCGAACUAUGAGAACGUGAAGCCGCCAUAAAAUUACACGGAAAUGUUUAUACAAGCGCGAAUUACGAAGAAAACAAACGGAAAGUAACUAUCAUAUAUUUAUAAUUAAAUCGCUUUUAAGAGGUUUCCGCAUGCAAAAAAAAUAAAGUAGAGAAUGCGGCCAGUAAGACUUUCAUUUAUUGCGCUGCAUCGUCUAUUAAAUGAGGUAAAUGAAUUGUCCACUGAUUGUUUUAAUUUCAUAAUUGUUUGCAUCAUCUCAAAUAAAUGUGAAAUCAUUUUCAUAA